AUGGGCAGGAGCAAGGGCAAAGAGCCCCAGCGCCAGGGCGGACCCGGGAAGCGGGUCUCCGGGGAGGAGGAGUCCGGGUCGGCCAGUGCAGAGGACGUGCCCUGCCGGGAAGGCCGGCAAGGUCGACUUAAGGCCCACAGGGCCAGACCAUUUUUGGAGCCCGCCACUUCGGUAAGCCACGGGACCCCUGGUGGCCGCCGGAAGUCCGCCGCAGAGGGGACCGGCAGCUGCAAAGGGCCAGCGGCUGGGCCGCCACCGGAGCCCCAGGGGAGACCAGGCAGCGCGCGGCAUCGGGGACCCUGGUCUCAGCACCUGAACAGCCGUGGCGGGCGCCUGGAGGAAGAGCGUAUCCCCGGAGAAGGGAGGACACGGGAGCUCUGCCGCCGCAGGAAGAGAGGAAAGAGGCGGAGACCCCCAGCUCCGCACGGCUGCCGAGAGACCCGGAGCCUCGAUGUGGACCCCUCCUCCGGUGGAGAUGGGAGCAGCUCUUGCCUGGACAGCGAAGCCCGCGAGGCCCAGGAAAGCGACAGCCAGAGCGGUGGGGCCCCGGCACCGUGGCCGAAGCCGGAGGAAACGGACACGGGCUCUGGAGACCCCCAGACUGGGUCAGAGCCAGCGCUGGAACCCGGCGAGCGCCCCAGCAGCGACGGUCGAAGCAGCGACGGCGGGGACAGCGCCGAGCCCCGGAGCGGGGAAGGGUCGUCGGGGGUGGGACCCCGGGGAGAGAGCGCGGAUCCCGAGACAGGCACCGAGUCGAGCCUGCAAGGGGCCGGGCCUGGAGGGGGCCCACGGGCAGCCCGGGGAGCGGCGAGCCGAGCCCCUGAGGCAGAAGAGACUGAGCCGGGCAAAAAAGCCAAGGCCUCCAGCCCCCACGAGGACAGCCGCACGUGCGUCCCCCGGAACUCGCGGGCUUCUCGGGACCCCAGGCCGGCCCGGGACGCAAGGGACAGUGAGUUGAGGCCGAAGGCUGAGCCGCAAAGCGCCGAGCCUGGAAGAGCCCAGGCCUCGGGCGCUAGGAGUCGGCGCCGCCAGGUCGGAAAAGAGGUGGGGAAGGUGCAAGUGGCGGCGGGCGAGAGCGAAUCCGGGGCGGGCGGGGGAGACAGGCCCGGACACCCAGCGCCGCUGGCCGCGCUUGUGGCGCUCCGCAGGCUCCGCGCGAAAACCCCGCCAGGCCCAGCGCCCCAGGCCGCGGCUCCGGCUCCUCGCCGCACCGGCCUCACGGAGAGGCUCCGGCGCGUCGUGCGCGCGCUGGGUCUCCUGCGCUGGCUGCGGCUGCGGCUGCGGCGGCCGGCGGGCGAGGGCCGAGGCACUGGGGCGCGGGCGGGCGCGGGCCGGGGGGCGGGGCCGAGGGCGGGCGGGGGGCGGGGUCUCGGGCCGGGCCUGCGGCGGCGUCUACUACUGCGCCUGGCCGGCGUAGCGGGACUAUGGGGACGGCCCAGGGCUCCCCCUAGCGGCGACUCGAGCUCCCCACAGUUUUGGAAGAGCUCAGCUCCCGAAGACCCUUCUGAGGACGAGGACUCGACUCCGGAUCCCAAGUUCGCGGUCGUGUUCCCCAGGAUCCACAGGACUGGGAGGGCGUCGAGCACUCGGAGCUCAGAGGAAGGGUCCACGGACGCCCCUCCCGGGGAGGGGCACGUUCGGCCUUGUGCAGGAGCUUCGGGGGACAGUGAGGGGCGCGGGGCGAGUGGAGAGCGUGUAGCCCGGCCCCGCCAAGGCUCUCUCCUCGGCCGUGCUCCCCACCACGAGCCCCCACUCGACGAGAGCGCCUCCAGCAGCGAAGCGGAGUCCGAGACCUUGGUGGCUCAGGCUCCCGUCCACUGGGCUCAGAUCUCCGAACCCCGCGAGGACCCUGGGCUUUGCACUGACGCGCUGCUGCCCCGACUCACCUUGGAGUACCGCCUGCCAUGGGAGAGAAGCCCAAGGCCCCGCAGGUCCCCACGGGAGCGGUGGGAGCCAGAGGAUGAGACCGAGGAGGCGCUGGAGAGGGACCUGGAGCUGAGCCUGGGGCUUGACCUGGAGGCACCACCCUUCCUGGCCGCUGACGGCAGGAACCUUGGGAUAGGCCUGGAAGACACGGAGGACCUGGCUCGGCUGCGACCAGUGUGUGACAGCUCCAUACUGCUAUGCCUUAAGAAGAGAUUUCAUCUGGGCCGAAUCUACACCUUUGGAGGGCCUCUUCUGCUCUCUCUGAACCCCCACCAGCCCCUGCCUCUCUUCUCAGCUGAGGUCCUGGCCAGCUACCACCCCAAGAGGGCCCCUAACACCACCCCACACAUAUUGGCCAUCGCCGCAUCAGCCUACGAUCGCCUGUCUCGGAGCUCUGGGCAGGGCACAUGCAUUCUCCUCGGGUGAACCCUGUCAGCCCCUCCUGCCUGCAGUGGGCACAGCGGCUCAGGGAAGACAGAAGCUGCCAGAAAGAUUGUGCAGUUCCUAAGCAGCCUGGAGCAGGAGCAGACAAGGGACCAAAGAUGUCACCUGGAUGGUGUCCUGCCCGUGCUCAGCAGCUUCGGCCAUGCCAAGACAGUCCUCAAUGCCAACGCCAGCCGCUUCGGCCAGGUCUUCUGCCUCUGCGUGCAGCAUGGGGUCAUCGUGGGAGCCUCUGUGUCCCAUUAUCUGCUCGAGACCUCAAGGGUGGUGUUUCAGGCCCAGGCUGAGCGGAGCUUCCAUGUUUUUUACGAGCUGCUGGCGGGGCUGGACCCUGUAGAACGGGAGCAGCUCUCCCUGCAGGGGCCAGAGACCUACUCCUACCUCAACCAGGGCCAGGCCUGCUGUCUCCAGGGAAAGGAUGAUGCUCGGGACUUCGAAGGACUGCGGAAGGCCCUGCAAGUCCUGUGCCCCGAGGAGGUGACCGCCGCCUGGGCCGUGCUGGCCGCCGUCCUGCACCUGGGCAACAUUUGCUUCUCAUCUUCAGAGCGGGAGUCCCAGGAGGUGGCUGCCGUGUCCAGCUGGGCCGAGAUCCACGCGGCAGCCCGGCUGCUGCUGGUGCCACCCGAGUGCCUGGAGGGGACUGUCACCAGGAGGGUCACGGAGACCCCAUAUGGCUGGGUCUGCAGGUCUCUGCCGGUGGAGAGCGCCGUUGAUGCCAGGGACGCCCUGGCCAAGGCCCUGUAUUCCCGGCUUUUCACCUGGCUUCUGGAGAGGAGCAACACGCAGCUGGCGGCUCCUGGGGAGGGAGAGCACGUGGACACCAUCACUGUCGUGGACGUCUACGGCUUUGAGGCCCUGCGGGUGAACAGGCUGGAGCAGCUGUGCAAUAACCUUGCCAGCGAGCGCCUGCAGCUCUUCUCCAGCCGGCUGCUGUGGGCGCAGGAGGAGGAGGCCUGUCGGCGGGAGCUGCUGGCCUGGGUGCCCGUUCCCCAGCCUGUGUGGGACACCUGUCUGGACCUCCUCGUAGACCAGCCCCACAGCCUCCUGAAGCUCCUGGAUGCCCAGACGUGGCUGCCCCAGGCCACAGACCACACCUUCCUUCAGAAGUGUCAUUACCACCACGGCAGUCACCCCUGCUACUCCAAGCCCCAGCUGCCCCUUCCUAUCUUCACCGUGAGGCAUUGCGCUGGGACUGUCACCUACCAGGUUCACAAGUUUGUAAACAGAAACCGGGAUCAUCUUGACCCUGCCGCGGUGGCGAUGCUUGCCCAGAGCCAGCUCCAGCUGGUGGGCAGCCUGUUCCGGGAAGCAGAGUCCCAGUCCAGGGCCGGGCAGGGCAAGCCCACACUGGCCUCUCGCUUCCAGCGUUCCCUGGAGGACCUCCUAGCCCGGCUGGGCAGGAGCCAUGUCUAUUUCAUUCAGUGCCUCAACCCCAACCCGGGAAAGCUUCCGGGCCUCUUUGAUGUGGGACACGUGGCAGAGCAGCUGCACCAGGCGGGCAUCCUGGAGGCAGUACGUACCCGUAGUGCCAACUUCCCCGUGCGCCUGCCCUUCCAGGCCUUCCUGGCCAGGUUCCGGGCUCUGGAGACCGAGGCACAGGGAGAGUCCUCUGACCGUGAGCGGUGUGGCGCCAUCCUGAGUCAGGUGCUGGGGGCCGAGUCACCCCUCUGUCACCUUGGAGCCACCCAGGUUCUGCUGCGGGAGCCAGGCUGGCAGCAUCUGGAGCAGCACCGGGCCCGGCGACGCUCCCAGGCCCUGCUCGCCCUGCACGGCAGCCUGCGCACCUGCAUCUCCCGUCAGCGCCUCAGCCGCCUCCUCCUGCCGCGGAUGCAGGCUCGCGUGCGAGGGCUCCAGGCCAGGAAGCGGUACCUCCGACGGAGGGCAGCUCUGGGACAGCUGAGCACCGUCCUGCUGGUGGCCCGGCCCCUGCUCCGGAGGCGACAGAGAUUGCAGCUUGGGCAUCGGCGUGGCCAACACAGCGGCCCGGCCUCCAGGACAGCACCAGGCAUGGAGCUGGGGUGCUUGGAGAUCCCGGCUGAGGUGGCCGUCUUGCUGAGGACCGCAGAAGGCCAUCACCAUGCCUUGGAUGGAAGCAUCACCGAGUCCAUGCCCCCUGAAGUUCCUGCCCGGACCAGCCUGAGCCUCCCGCCCGACAUCGACCAGUUCCCGUUCUCCAGCUUCAUCUCCACUAACUUUCAGGAGCCGGCCCUGCCCGGCCCCGGGCAGCUGCUGGUGGAGCCCCUGACCCGGCUGCAUGGGGAGAACCCACAGCACGCACUGGAUAUCAACAAGGUGAUGCUGCGGCUCCUGGGGGAUGGGUCCCUGCUGCCCUGGCAGGAGCAGAGCAUGGGCGAGUACCUGGUGCGGCAGGGCCAGCGCCGGCCGGGGCUGCGGGACGAGAUCUUCAGCCAGCUUGUGGCCCAGAUCUGGCACAACCCGGACGAGCAGCAGACCCAGCGCAGCUGGGCCCUCAUGGCCAUCCUGCUCAGCGCCUUUCCCCCCAUGUCCCCCCUGCAGAAGCCACUGCUGAAAUUUGUGUCCGACCAGGCCCCCAGGGGCAUGGCAGCGCUGUGCCAGCACAAGCUGCUGGGGGCCCUGGAGCAGGCGCACCUGGCCCCUGGGAUGGCACGGGCGCACCCCCCGACCCAGCUCGAGUGGACGGCUGGCCGGCGGCGGGGCCGCAUGGCUCUGGACAUCUUUACCUUCAAUGAGGAGUGCUACUCCGCCGAGGUGGAGUCCUGGACCACGGGGGAGCAGUUCGCCGGGUGGAUUCUGCAGAGCAGAGGACUGGAGCUGCCCCCCCGUGGCUGGUCCGUGUCACUGCACUCCGGGGACUCCUGGCAGGAUUUGGUUGGCUGUGACUUCGUGCUGGACCUCAUCGGCCAGACUGAGGACCUGGGGGACCCAGUCAGUCCCCACAGCUACCCCAUUGCCCCCCGUGGCUUAGACGAGGACAUCCCCCCUGCCCCUGGCAUCCAGGCCCCCUCACUGCCAGGUCCACCUCCAGGGCCAGCCCCCACACUACCCAGCAGGAUCCAGUCAGGGGAGUCUCAGAACUCAGGGAACCUGGAUGGCUUCCUGGACCACCUCUUCCAGCCAGUCCUCUCUCCGGGUCACAGGGAUCUGGAGCAAGCCUGGGCUCUGAGCAGCCGCAUGAAGGGAGGGGGCGCCGUGGGGCCCAUGCAGCAAGGCAGCUACCCCAUGGUUUACCCAGGGAUGAUGCAGAUGCCUGGAUACCAGCCGGCCAUGAUGCCUGCCCCUGUGCCCAUGAUGCCAGCAAUGGGCGCAGUCCCUGCCAUGCCAGCCAUGGUGAUGCCACCGCAGCUGCCGCCGGCACCGCAGCCCCUGCUUCCCAGUAUGGACCCGAGGCAGCUGGCCGCCCAGCAGCAGAGCUUCAUCAACCAGCAGGCCCUCCUCCUGGCCCAGCAGAUGACCACCCAGGCCAUGACCUUGUCGCUGGAACAGCAGACACAGCGGCACCGGCGCCAGGCUCAGCCUCAGGCCCAGGCCCCUGGAGCUGCUUCCCCGACCUCACCCCCACCUGUCGCCCCCAAGCCCAAGAAGCCCCUGGCCCUGCGGCGGGAGCCAGAGCGGGAGGUGGAAUCGGUGGGUGCUUGUCUGAGGGAGACCUCACAGGAGCCCCAAGAGAAGCCCCAGCGGCCCAAGAGCUUCAAGCAGAAACAGGACUAUUUCCAGAAGAUGGGGCAGCAGCAGAUCACGGUGAAGACCUCGAAGCCUCCGCCCAAGGUGCAGAUCUCCCAGGACGAGGAGCAGGACGAGGAGAAACCGAGAGUGCCCUCACCCCCUCCUCCCCCCGUAGUGACGAGUCCCCCGACACAAGGUAGGGUCAAAGCUGCACAAGAGGCAGAGGCCAAGCCGGCGGCCCAGGGGGCAGGGCCCGGUGGUCACCCUGCGCCAGCGCCCCACCAGCGGGCUGAGCCGAGCCGGGAGAUCCGGAACAUUAUCCGCAUGUACCAGAGCCGCCCGGGCCCCGUGCCCAUGCCCGUGCAGCCGGCCAGGAAGCCCCCGAAAAACUUCCUGAAGAAAAACAACCCCAAGGAUGAGGCUCUGGCUAAGUUGGGGAUCAGCGACGCCCACACACCUGUGUCGAUGCCGUCCCCCAGCGCUGGGAAGGGCCCCGCACCAGCCGUGGCCCCUCGACCCAAGUUCCCACCACAGUUCAGGCCCUCCAGCUCCAGCAAGGACAGCCAGGGUCUCUCUGACGAGACUCCACCUGCCCCCCAGUCACCCUCACCUCCACCAGCUCCCCCGCUGCCUCCGCCUGAGGAACCAGACAGCCCUUUAGCUGGGCCCCACAGCUGGAUGGAGCCCAUGGAGGACCAGGGAGUCUCCACGCAGCUGCUCGCGCCCUCCGGCAGCGUGUGCUUCUCCUACCUCAGCCCGUCCUGGAGGUUGUUCCUGCGCAAGGAGGUGUUCUACCCCCGGGAGAACUUCAGCCACCCCUACUGCCUCAGACUCCUCUGUGAGCAGAUCCUGAAGGACACCUUUGCCGAGUCCUGCGUCCGAAUAUCCCAGGAGGAGCGGAGCAAAAUGAAAGAGCUGCUGGGAGACCUGGAGGUUGGCCUGGAGUCGCUCAGCACCACGGAGGACAGUGUUAAGAAGCGCAUCGUGGUGGCCGCUAGGGACAAGUGGGCCAAUUACUUCUCCCGAAUUUUCCCUGUCUCGGGCGACAGUGGCAGUGACGUGCAGCUGCUGGGCGUGUCCCACCGGGGGCUGAGACUGCUCAAGAUGACCAAAGGCCCCAGCCUCCACCCCAGCCUCCACCCCAGCCAGCUGAAGACUCUGUGCUCGUACAGCUUCGCUGAGCUGCUGGGCGUGGAGUGCCCGGGCUGCUCCACCCUGGAGCUGACCCUGAAGAGCGAGCAGCUGGUCUUGCACACAGCCCGAGCGAGCGCCAUCAAGGCCAUGAUCGAGCUGUUCCUGAGUGAGCUCAAGAAGGACUCGGGCUACGUCAUCGCCCUGCGAAGCUACAUCACGGAUGACCACAGCCUCCUCAGCUUCCACCGUGGGGACCUCAUCAAGCUGUUGCCAGUGGCCACGCUGGAGCCCGGCUGGCGGUUUGGCUCCACCGGGGGCCGUUCCGGACUCUUUCCUGCCGACAUAGUUCAGCCGGCUGCCGCCCCUGACUCUUCCUUCUCACCAGAGAGGAGUGGCCGGCGCAAGAGUCGGCUGCAGCCCCGAGAGCCAGGGCUGGCUCAGUGGGAGAGGGCAGCGGAGCACGAUGCCCGCCCCCCGAGCCAAGCACGCAGCGAUGACUCUGUAGCCUUCAUCUCUCUGUCCGUGGACUCCCACAACUACACCAUGCAGGAAUUUGCCCUGUACUACUUCCGGAAGCCCCAGACCUUGCCAGAUCAUACCCACGGAGAUGCUGAGGAGGAGGCCAUGACCAGCCUGGUGCAGUACACCAAGGAUCCCAUACAAGAAUCGCUUAUCAGCCUCAGCGAUGAGGACGCCAACAGGCAGGCUGUGGAAAUCUUCCAGACUCUGAUGCGGUUCAUGGGGGACCUGUCUAAGCCCCGGGGCAAGAACGAGAUGGAGCUCCUUUAUGACCUGCUGAGGCCGUGCCGGGAGAACAAGAACCUCAGAGAUGAGAUUUAUUGCCAAGUCAUCAAGCAGGUGACCAGACAUCCUCAGCCCGAACACUGUGUCCGCGGCUGGAGCUUCCUCAGCCUCCUGACCGGCAUCUUUCCCCCAUCAGCCACGCUGAUGCCCUACGUGACCAAGUUUCUGCAGGACUCAGGCCCAAGCCAAGAGCUGGCCCGGAGAAGCCAAGAGCACCUCCAGCGCACAGUCAAAUACGGGGGCCGCUCGCGGCUGCCCUCCCCAGGCGAAACUCAGGCUUUCCUGAAAGGGCAAGAAGUCCGCUCGCUUCUAAUUCACCUGCCGGGGGGUAUGGAUUACAAAACCAGUAUCCGGACUUUCACGGUGGCAGCGGAAGUGCUAGAGGACCUGUGUCAGCAAAUGGGCAUCACAGACCCCCAGGAAGUGCAGGAAUUUGCCCUCUUCCUCAUCAAAAGGGAAGGCGAGCUGGUGCGGCCCCUGUGGCCCCAUGAGUACGUCAACAGCGUGGUGGAUCAGGACGUGAGCCUGCACAGCCGGCGGCUCAGCUGGGAGAUGCCGCUGCACUUCGAGAAUCCCACCUACACCACUACCCACUACAUGCAGGUGCUGCGGGACUACCUGCAGGGGAAGCUGCUGGUGACCCCCCAGGCCAGCGCUCAGCUCGCCAGGCUGGCCGCCCUGCAGCACUGCAGCACAGCCCAAGAGGACCCCCUGGCCGAGCGAGACCUGCUGGACUACUUGCCAAAGCCGCUGCGGUCGCAAGUGAACGCGUCCACCGUGAAGGACCUGAUGUACCAGGAGCUGAAGCAGCUGCGAGGCUGCAGCUCCCAAGAAGCCCAGAUCAGCUUCAUUGAGGCUGUGAGCCGCCUGCCCCUGUUCGGCUACACCGUGUAUGUGGUGCUGCGGGUGAGUCAACUGGCCCUGCCUGGACCCAGCCUCCUGGGCCUGAACCGCCAGCAUCUCAUCCUCCUGGACCCCUUCAACCAGAAACCGUGCUGCUCCAUCGCCCUGAAGGACCUGCACCAGCUCCACCUGCUGAGCCCCCUGGAGAAGAAGGGGGCCCCUGGCCUGGAGCUCAACUACGGCUCUGCUGACCGCCCCCGGACCAUCUGGUUUGAGCUGCCGAAAGCCCAGGAGCUGAAGGACACCAUCGCCUUCCUGAGGGACAGCAGCCUUGCUCCCAACUAGUGGCCAGCCUCACCCAAGAGGAAUGGGGGAGGGGAGGAGAUGAGGAAGGGGCCCCUCCCACAUCCCAGUCCGACUGGAAAGGUCUCCCUUGGUGCUGUCAGGCCAUUUUGGUUGGGACUUUCCCACUUGGCUGUUCUGGAACCUGCCACAGCACAGCGCUGCUGGCCACAGUGGAGGCCACGGGGCAGGAGCUGCUCCAGUGACAUCAACUGAGAAGGGCAACACCAGGACUCCCCCCGGGGCGGGGGCUGGAGUGGGGGCUGCAGGAACGGGCUUGGGCAUCUGAUGCUGCCCAGGCUGGGCGAGGGGGAUAUCCAGCCAGCCCCAGGCCUGGGCCCAACAUCAGCACGAACCCCACAAGCCUGGGGGAAGCAAACAGUGAGAAAAUAAAACUCCCAAGA